ACGCCCUACCUGCGCCGCAAUUCGCGGCCACGGUUGUCAAUCACCGUAUCCUGGCUGGUAAUUACCCGCCGGCCCCUGGUGAUUUCCAAAGAUCUCCGAUGGGGAGGAAGACUGUUUUGUUUACUAACAGUUCUCCUUCCUGUCAGCUUGGGUACACUGCUCUGGAUAGCUAGCAGUGUGAUUUCAGUGAAGCACACUGAUACAGCCCCCUAGUAAAACACUCCCUGCACACAGUUAACCCUUUGAUCACCACUCAUGUUAACCCCUACCUGCCCAGUGCCAUUAGUACAGUGUCAGUGCUUUUUUCUUAGCACUGAUCACUGUAUUGGCGUCACUAGGGGUGGCAGUGACACCAAGUCAGUUCCCUCCAGUGUCAGAAUGUCCACCGUAGUCCCGCUAUAAGUCGCUG